GAAACGAACACAAAUAACAUACAAAAGAAAAAGAGAUGGAAAGUGGAAUUGAUUCAAAGAGCAAAGGCGAGAAGGGAACAAUCUUGGUGACCAACGACGAUGGAAUCCAGGCACCUGGCUUGAAUGCUUUGGUUAGCGUCCUCGUUUCCACUCAUCGAUUCAACGUUCUUGUUUGCGCUCCUCAGCUGGAGAUGUCAGCUGUUAGUCAUAGUAUUACAUGGCGUCAACCACUUCGUGUGGAGAAAGUUGAAAUGGAUGGAGCCACUGCUUUCAAGGCUUCUGGAACUCCGGCAGAUUGUGCUUCUUUGGGAGUCUCCUCGGUGCUGUUUCCAUCAGUUCCUGACCUGGUUAUCAGUGGCAUCAAUCAGGGCAGCAACUGUGGUUAUCACACUGUUUAUUCUGGUACCACUGCCGGUGCUCGAGAAGCAUUCCUAAAUGGCGUUCCAGCUAUCUCCAUAUCCUACGAUUGUUAUGGUGGUCUUAGUUUUGAGGAAUUCGAGAAGAUGCUAAGGGUUGAGGCUGGGAGCAAGACUAAGAUGAAUUAUGAGUAUGAAGCUGCUGCAAAGGCUUGCUUGCCAAUAAUAAGUGGAAUAAUAGCUGAGAUCAAGAACAAUACUUAUCCUCAAGGUUGCUUUUUAAAUAUGGACCUCCCCAAAGACGUUGCCAAUCAUAAGGGAUACAAAGUGACAAAACAGGGGAAAAGUAUGAUGAAGAUAAGAUGGAAGCAAAUUACAAGUCAUGGACAACCCUCUGAAAUUGAACACCAUCUUUUAUUCCGUAGACAAUUGAGUGGAUGUCAAGUGGACAUAGACGACUCAGAUCACAAAAGUCUUCAAGAAGGAUAUAUAAGCAUCACUCCUCUGGGGAUUCUCACUCAUCCAGACAAGGAUUGCAAGGCAUACUUUGAAGAUUGGCUCCCAAACCUGAUUCAACAACACCAAUCUCAUAAUCCUUUGCUGGAUUAAUGUUGUGGAAAGGAAAUGCUGAUAUGAAUUAUUAAGGAUCUACCCAUCAAUAGUAUUUACUUUAAACUUCUUAAUGUUUCGUAUUUUUAAAUUAGUAUAAUUCAGCAUCAAUAAAACAUUAUCAAACUUUACUAAAAUUUUAUUUUGUGAUAUUAAUAA